UAGCGAUCCCUUGGCGGCAGCGUGACAGCCACCACGCGAGCGAUGAUCGCGCACGGGGAUGUUACGCGUGACAGGUGUUUCACGACCAUGUGAGUAGCGCUGCGAGCGCCUACAUCAUGUCAGCGCGCGUCACCGUCGCGCUGCAGCCUGUAGGGUCGUGAAGCCAACGUGAGGCCCUCGUUCUCGCCACCUGCAAGCAGUUGAUUAGAUAAGCAGUGCGGCAGAUACUGAAUUCGUGUCCGCUUUGAUAUGGCGCAGCCAAUGGAUUUACCCUAUGUUUCGCUCCGCCGGGAUCUCAGAGGGGGCUGCCGCGUGUCGAUCUGUGGCGGUGACGCCGUGUUUCUGCCUCCGUUUUUCCGAUUCUCCAAGUCUCCAGCGCUGACGCGUAGUACUCAGAAUGCGCAGUCGCCGCCUGCCGUGUUUGGCGACGUCAUCGCACAGAGCAAAAAGCGGGACCCAGCUGGCGGCAACCCAGACGAAUCUGAUCAACGACGACCCAGAAAGUGUGCUUCGUCACGCAGCAGUGGGAGGACCCCAAACCGCCCUUGACAUCAUUUCCCGUUUCGGCCCAGUCGACCGACGGUCAACUUCCUUCGUCGAUACUCCAGAUCUGCUCAGCAGCAGCCCUGACUCGCCCUGGCCACGCAGCUGCAUCCAAUGCAUAUUCGCGCAAGGCCUAGGUGCGCCGUCGAACCCGUGCUUUUCGCGUCGGACAAAAUAGGUUGUCAAACCAUCUCAAAUCGGACCGAGAUCAGCCGAUCGCUGUCAAUGAUCGUCUCAACUUCCUCCUUCUCGUGGACCUUCCGCUGACCGCAUGUCAUCCGCAAGGAACAUAUUUAUUUGUCUAUCGAAGUGGCGGGUUAUGGGGGCCCCACAAAUUGGCCACGUCCAUUCGUUGCCUAUUUUCUUCUCCUCCGCCUCGCAUGUCCACAGCACCAGUACUCGACAUCUCGAAGAAGAAGAAAAAGCCCCCCGCGUGCGACGCGUGCAAAGCGCGUCGAGUCCUCUGCCAUUCGCAGCCAAAUGGCAUCCCUUGUCCGCGGUGCGCAGAGAAGGGCAUCAUAUGCAGAACGACCUCGCUCCCAAGGGGACGCCCGAGGAAGAACAGAGUGCCAGGGCUGCUGCUUAUGGAGGAUGAACUAGCAGAGGCUCCCAAGAAAGCUUCACCCACGUCUGGCUCGCAAUCACACAACGGAUCUACCAAUGGGGACUGGACAUCCCCUGAAUCAGAGCCUUCGCCACCUGGUCCUUCACCGCCCCUUCACCAGACUAUCGCAGCUGCUCCUGUAACAAUCGCGCUCACCUGCGAUCUGGUCAAGCACUUGUGGGAGUGCUUCACCGAGACUGUAUGCUCUCGCCAUCCCAUCUUCCAGCACCUCAAGUUCGCCCACACGCUCUCCUCCGUCUCAUGGAACCUCGACUUGCUCCCUCCAGAAGCGCAGACGCUUGCCAUCUGCAUCUGUGCCGUGGGCUCCACUCUCUCGUUUCACCCAUCCAUCAUCGGCUACGGGAGCACGUCGAGCAUGGACUCGGUCUUCAACCAACCGCCCCGAUCGCUUACGGACAGAACUGUGUUUUAUCUGGGUGCAGACCUGCGCCAGUACGGCAAGUGUCGCGGUCCCAUCAGGCGGGCGCUCUUCGAGCGGGCGGUGAAUGCCGCCUGUCACUGCAGGAUUCAAUUGUCCGUGUCAGCCUAUAAUCUGGCCUCGUGCUUUCUGCUGGACGCUCUGGAUGAGUGUGAGCGUUUUCUCUCCGGCCUGGACUCCGGUUUCGAUGACACCCGGUUCCAGCGAGGUCAGCGUUCCGGGUCUGGGAAUGUUCCUAUCUAUCCCAAUCGAGCCAUUGGGCAGGUCCGUUCGAAGCAGUGUCUGAUAUGGAACACGAGACGUGGUGGGGCUUCAUGCUUAGGGAAGCUCUCGUCGCGCUGGAGGAAAGACGGCACGUUUCAAUGCACGAGUCACAUUGACCAGCUUGCUGUGUUAAAAAUCGACGUUGAGCCUCCGUCGCUCGAGUCGCUGCUGGAUCAAGUCAGAAGCACACACGCUCAGAAGAGGCUGACGUCCUCGGUCUAUGCGGUCAUGCAGUCCUACAUGUACCACACCAUUCGUUCAUGCCGCUCAUUUAACGAGACUAUCACCGGCGACCACGCCCGGCGAAAUCCCCUUUCCGACUCCGCAGCCUCUGCAGUGCUCUCCUCCCUUGCGACUGUGAAAUCGCUUUUCACCCUGAUGUUCGACGACGUUGUGUUUCCCGAGGAACACCGCUGCGGGAUUGACUGGACGCCGACGACCAUUCGCACCAAUCCCGUCACGUGCCGAACCGUGCGAUCCUGCGCCAUCACGAUGUAUGUGGGCUACCUGCACAUCAUCUUGGCACUCUAUCGGGAAGUCGAGUACCGGCUGCGGGUCCACAUCUCCGGCGACGUCUGGGCGCGAAAACGGCUGGCAUUGCUGCGUGAGCAGGUCCGCGAACUGGUCAUCGAAUCGCUGCCUCUUGUCGAAAAGACGAUCCGAUUGAUCUCCUUCAAGUACGGCUGCGACGUGUUGUUUUCUAGCAUCGUGCGACAGAUGGCCGAUUUCUGUAUCUCCGAAUGGACGAGCAUCCAGGAAGCACCAGGGACGACCUCGUGGUCUGCCAUGUUUCGACGACUGGCUGACACGCUCAAACUCCUCGGCUACGCAAACGACGAUCCACAGGCGAACGCCGUGAUAGACAGCCUCGAGUCGCAGCUUAAAAUAUUCGCCACGCCCAAUGCGCUGCACACCAACAGCAUGGAACUGCUGCUCGACUCGCCCGGGUCGGCCGACGCGUCUGUCGUCGACUACAGUCUGCAGAUGCUCUGCAAUGGCCACGGCGGGUCUUCCGAUAGUUGGUCUGAUCUCGCCAUCGGCGUGGACGUUUACUCUACCGGACGGGGGAGACCCGGACCUUACUAAUAUCGUGUUUGUAUCACCAACUGUGUAUUUAUUAUGAACAUCUCUAGAGUACUGUACAUAUACUUGGCACACCCGACCGCAUUUUUUUAUGUCUUAUCGCAUUAUUUACGUACAUUUUCUGUGUAACAGACAGCGAUGCACUAGACCGUUUCAGGUCGCUACUGGAACCUCUCCUCGAAUCGCCCAAACACGAUCGAGCUCAGUAACGACACCUGUGGCACGGCAAGAAUGUUCUAUGCGAGAAUCAGUGGUGCCAUCAGAAAGGAAGAAACCCGGACAGAAUCGCCGACGUACGUCAACAAGCUCGUUCGGUAGGCCGUUCAGGGCCAGGUGACUCCAUCGCGCAAGCCCUGGGAGCAGUCCCGCAAAACGGAUCCUAACUUCUUCCCCCGGAGGAACAGUCUCCCUCGACGGCCGGAACACGGCGUUCUCAACCGAGCUCAGGAGAACCUCCGUCGCGCGAUCCAGACAGCAGUCGAACACAAGCGAAAAGUCGGAGGAGGAAACGAUCUCCAGCGUCUCCUCGAUCAACGCGGUGAAGGGAUCCGGAUCGCUUGAUGUCGGCGGGAGAAAGAAGUUGGAGGUAUAGCCCCCUUGGGUCAGAACGUGCUGUGUCGUUUCCGGUGUUUGGGGCAGAAGAGUCGUUCCGAAGCUAGGCCAUUCAGAUAGAUAGAUCAGGCGCGGAUCGCGUGAGACUCACUCGACUUUACGUUCUGUCCCUUCAAAGGUCACUUCGUGUUCGACGCGUCUUCGCACAUCGUGAACAAGCCGGUGCAGAUCAGAUGGUGAUAGCUUCGUUUUCAGGGAUACCCUGCCCGUCGAUUAGAUCAAAGAUAUCUUGAAGCGACACAGAUAACGUACCCGCUGAACACAUCUUCCACGCCCCUUCGCACCCUUUCUCCAACAUCUUUCCAGCCUACAUGCAGUAUCCACCAUGUCAUCGUCAGGUAUUUGGCAGCGGCGAUCUCUUCCUCCUCUUCAGAGUCCUCGUAUGACUCUUCCCACGGGAAGCCAGCAGCAACAUCCCCCUCCUCUUCAGCGUCUUCCCUUAGCGAGUCGAGACCUCCAAAUCCCAAUCCCAUGCUGAUGAGCAUCGUCAAGUCCGGUAAGGUGGCCUGCAUCCGGCGCUGCCGCUUCUCGAGCUGCCUCACCGAGCGAACAUAUCGGCCCCGCGCAAGCAAUGUCAGUUGAACGUUGGUGAGCAGAGAGAGCAGGGUGGUCGUAUAUACUGUUGUUAAUGUGCGUGUGACAGCUGCCGGACCUAUUCAGAGACACUCCCACUGAGAAAAUGCCUGGUACACACUGAGCAUUUUCAGUUCGUUCCAGAGCUCUGCCUUGGUCGGGCGGGCCGGCUCGGGGCCGGCAACACUGUCCACAACAGACUGUCGCAUUCAGCACCAGAAGAUACAGGAUCGGUAAAGAACACGCACCCCUUGCAUGCUACUGAUGUUCGAGCUCGAGUCCGUGUCCGUCGACGUCGUGGUCGUCAUCAGCGAGUCGCUCAGGUGCACCGGGGCGAUAGAUUCGCCGAGAACCAUCUCCCGGUGUUCGCCCGGCUGCCCGGUCUCCACCCAGCUCUGCGUCGACGCCGACAGCCCCGCGUCGGAGCGCAGAUCUAUAUUAGACGAGGUCGUGCUCAGAUCCGCGCUGCUGGCGACCGAGGCGGACAAGGACGAGCUUUCGCUAGUGGUGGUGGUGGUGGUGGUGCUGGUAUGUCGCGAUUUUGCAUGCGCUUGGAGUUCCAACGUCAGCGAGUCGACGUCCAUCUCGCGCAGGAUCUGCUCCGCGAGCGAUGGUAUCAGCAUGAGCACGGUGUACGAGAUGUCAGAUUGUGUCUGGCUGAAGCGGCGUUUGAGGCUGGAUGAAGCGCAAACUCCGUUCAGCGCGAGGGAUGGGAUAUACAGGGCAUACAUAUACAUACUUGUCUUUAGCUGCGCGCUCUUGUUCCAUUUGCUCUUUGACGUCAUCUAGCCGGUCCUUGAUGUAUCCUCGCACCAUAUACGCGGCACUGGCCACCCCUGCGACCUUGGUGAAGCUGACGCGGCGGCGGAUGGCGUCGAACAUGGUGACGUGGAGGAGAUGGGAGCCAAAGUUGUCACAGAAACGAACGAGGUGAAGGACGAGGGACGAGACGCGGCCGCUGGUCCGGUAAGUAUUAAUAUGGCGUGCGGGUCGCGUGUGAGCACGGUUGCAGUAGACGCGCUUGGUAGAGAGCGGCUCAGUGGGCGGCUAAGGUCGGAUUCGAGCGGUUGUUUACAAAGAAAGAAGAUGCCUGCCAGGACAGUGCAUCGAGUGCAAGAGGAAGUGAGUAGAUACUUAUAUCACGUUCAGACGCUGCCGACCGGAUUGGUGUCAACCGGAGGUUGCGGCGACAUCAACCGCAAACAAACCUGCCUCGACAAUCCCACUUCCGUCGAUUGAGCUCAUAAUGGGAGGCGGCGCUAGAUAUCCGUACCCGAAAUUCGUUUGGUCACCCGCUGGCGGUUGGUGGGCCCAGCCCGCGAACUGGAAAUUCAACACUUUCGUUGCAACUUGUGGGAUCGCGUUCGUCGCCGCUGCUAUCACCCGAGGUGUCGCUCAUAGAGAGGCUGAGUUGAGAGGCGAAACGCUGGAACGGAGGAAGCUUUCUGCGCUUGUGCGGGACUAUAUGCAAGGCCGCACGAAAUCAUUACAAGAAGCGAGCCCGGUAAAAGGUGCUUAAGUGGGCUGGAGGUAGAGUUGCAGUGCGCCUUGUAUGAGUAUCAGACCCAAUUAGCAUUCUUUUUCCGGCCCUCUCCUAUCGACAGGACCCGCACCGAUAUAGAAAUGACCAAACCUUGGCUCAGUCGGUUUCUUCCAGCACCAAAGCGCUACGUUCCAAUCAUUAUCUCCUUGGGAUGCUACCAUGAUCGAGCUCCAGGUAUUGCAUCACAUCUCGUUGUAACUCUUCACGUUGCUUUCGGUAUCCGCCAUGGCAGCUGGCCAUGCUCCUGCUGAGCGUUUGUUGAUUGAUUUCAAACGCGCCAGGAAUAGCCUCCGCUAAGCUCACAGCUGUGUCUCCACAAUGACCUCUUGACCGCCGCCAUGCUGAGAGCCACUGACGUCGUUGAUAUCUGUCCAAGCUCCCACUCCAGCCAAGUAUAAAUUCUGGCUGCCCCACGCCAAUCCCAAGCACCCAAGAAACCAUUACGAAAUUAUGCCUUUGCUCCGAAGCCACCGCCCUGAUCCCGUCGCACCGGCCGUCAACGACCCCGCCGCAGACCCUCCCCGCCAACGCUCCCUCUUCUCGCGCCGCCGCUCGCUCGACGCACCCGCCCGCAAUCCCAACGACGACGUGGCCCCAGCCCGCCGAGGCUUCUUCGGCGGCCGCCAAUCCGCUUCUCCGGCGGACGAGCGCGCAGCCGCAGCUGCGAACGCCAACAACGGCAGCACGCGACGCGGCUUCUUCGGCGGCGCACGCGGCGGCUCGCUGGACGGCGAGCCGGACGGCGGGCUCGGGCGCAACGGCAGUGUGCGCAGCGGGAACAGCAGCGUGCGCAGCGGCGGCCUGUUCUCCGGGCGGGGCCAGUUUGACGUGCACAAGGACCCGACGAUCGUAGCUGCACGCGAGAAGGUGUCGUUUGCGGAACGCGCGGAGAUCGAGGCCGACCGCGCGCUGGAGGCUGCGCGGGGCCGGGUACGGGAGGCGAGAGACCAUGUCAAGUUCCUCGAGCGUGAGGCAGCCGAGGAGGCAAAACGAGCCAAGGCCAAGCAGGCUGUGACCAACGAUGUCAGCCGCAGUGCUGCUGGUCUCGGGCGCCAUGGGAAUUGAGAUAUUUAUUUGACGACCAGUGAUGACUUUUGUUGUAUGUAUUAUCCGUGUACAAAACUGCGAUAUGAGAUCGAAACUUACUCGAAAUGAGAAGACAGACAUUGAUUGAUCAGAUUUGUACUAAGAUACACGAAUGAUGAUGGGUUGUUCCAAGUAUCCACUCGAAGGUGUAAGAUGAUGAUAGAUACAGAAAAACAUAUUCACAAAAACACACUCAGCUCAUCGCAGCAGGCCCAAAGCUCGUCACAGCGAGCGCACCGAUCCACGCCAUUUCCAGCACCGCCUUCCCAAUCGGCGUCAACUCCGCAACAGGCUCGCCGUCUGGCUCGUCCAUCGCCGGCGGGACCGGGAUGCACAGCCCCAUCUUGACCAGGCCCUCCGGAUCGAACUGCACACCCGCGUCGCGCCCGGCGCAGGUGCCGAUGACGAGCAGCCCGUGGUCGCGCGACGGGACGGCCGGCAUGCUCAGCCACGCGUCGUGCCACGGGCCCAUCACAGCCAAUCCCUCGUCAGGCACGCGGACAUUCGAGCCCUGCAGGUCCUGGUGCGACACGAGCCGCGCCGAAAUGUGGAACGACGUAAGCAAGAUGUCGCACCCGGGCUUGUUGGACGAGUCGGCCGAGCUGGUCGGGCUGCUGUGCGAGCUACUCGGCCCCUUCUUGCGGCCGGUUUCGACGGGCGGUCGCUCAUCCGUUGGGUUGUACGCGACCAGAAGAUACUGUCUGAGCUCAGUCGCAAUCUCGUGCGGCGCGCGCGAUCUGUUGCGUUCGGAAACGGGAUCCGUCGGGCCCGGCCAGAGCGGGAGAAGCAUGAACAGCGAGUCAGCUGGAACCUGCGCGAAGAUGUCCACCGUGCCCCGGUUCGAGUGUUUCUUCGACGCCCCUCUCGAAUUCCCAGAGCUCUUCUUGGGUGGCAGCAACCCAACAUCCUCGAACGAGUUGCUCAGCACAUCGUGCCUCCGCCGGCGUUCUUCCUGCUUGUUCCUGCUCUGCAACGUCAUCCAGGGCGGCUGGUAGACCUGCGGAGACGAUCCUUGCUGGUGGUGGUGGCUCAGACUCAGGUGGUGCGCAGGGCCGCGCUUCAGCACCCGGGAAAGCACGCCGUUCGACCCUUCGCCGCGAGCAUCCUGAGCCAUCACAAUCAUAUCAAUCGACGUCGCAUCCAUCGUCGAAAAUGCCUCGUUGUGCGUCGUCCGAGAGCGACGUUGCAGGUCCUCCUCGUCCUCUUCCUCAUCAUGGGACUGUGACCCCCGCCGUCGGCGCCGGGAGUUGCCCCCAACAAAAUUGGGUGUGGCUGUCACAUUGGGGUCUCGGGUCGUGUCGCCCGACGGACGGGGAGGGUAUGUGUGACUACUAGACGCAGACGAAGCGGGUGGGACCGAAGUGUCCCUGGACGACGUUGAGGCCGACGAGGACGCAACCUGGUUUCUGCUGCUCGAGCUCUGCGGCCUCGACGGCCUCGGCUCCUUCCGGUCUUUCCGUUCCUCAUCCAACAGGCCAUGGGAGCGCAGAUUCUUGACGGUGUUCGUGCUCGUAUAUGCCUCCUGCACGUGCCUCGGUGCAAGAAGCACCAUUGCCGUCGCCGGCUUGCUGCGCUCUUCCGCUGCGGUGGCAGUGCGCGACAUGGUCGACGACGAGACGCUUCCUCGGGUGUUGAACGAAGUAGCAGCCGAGUGUCGAGACGGCCGAUAAUGCCGGUGGAUGCUGAAUGCCACGACUUUCGAGUGUUUGUGGAUGUUCGUGUACGCGCCGUCGUGCGGCGGUUUGGGCCCAACAAUGAACGGCCCACGGAACGGGUCGAUCGUCACUCGCUGCUGUGGUUUUUGGGGCCGCAGUUCG